AAAAAUGCGUGGAGUCAUGCGUCAGCUGAUGCGCGCCGGCAACGAGUAUAUGACACCUGUUGAGAAUCGAGUAUCCCAGUAUCCGGCUCCGAUUCGCGUCUCUCGGUGCAAUUGACCGCGAUGUUGGGGAAGAGGCUCGCCUUCGAGCUCCUGCCGAUUGUACGCCGUUGCGGAGCCGCGGCGGGGCUGAAAUCCGCGAGCGCGCCGCGGCACGACGCUAGGCGCGAACACGGAACGUCGCCCGGCGGGUCGCACGUGGACGAGGAGCUGCGGGAAAUUUUCCGAUUCAAGGACACCAAGAUCAGCAAUUGGAUCAUAGAGAACAAGGCACGCGCACUGUGUGUCAGGUACACCGAGAGCAACCAGGAUAAUCGCCGGCGGAUUUUACGCGCGCUAGCCUCGCGGUACGCCGUACAACACGACGAUAUAUGCCAAGUGGCCAAGAGAUUGGUCUGCACCGAGCCUGAAAAUGAACGACAAAUGUUUGUCCACGAGAGAACCUUGAAGGAUGUGCUUACGCCCGCUUAUCAUUGGUUAUUCGUUAUUAUAGGAAGAUUGCAGCAUGGCGUCAAGUUCUUGGUCGAUCUGAGAACUGAUGUUCUGGAACUAAUGGCGGAAAUCAAAGAUACCGACGAAAGUAUAGUAGUACAGCAACUAAAUCAUACGUUGCUGGAUUUAUUUUUGCUCUGGUUUUCCGUCGGUUUCUUACACGUGGAACGAAUUACCUGGGAAAGUUCGUGCGACAUACUGCAAAAGGUAUCCGAUUACGAAGCUAUACAUCCUAUAAGGAAUUGGUUGGACUUGAAACGCAGAGUCGGACCAUACAGAAGAUGCUACGUAUUUAUGCACCCGUCCAUGCCAAGAGAGCCUAUUGUCGUCUUGCAUACGGCACUGUGUGACGUUAUACCAGAUAGCGUAAAGGGUAUUGAAGAAGCUGAAACUAGAAUUCUGGGAAGCGCAAAGAAACAUAUAACAUUUCUAGAGGAAGAUAAAUCGAAGAUAAAAGCAGCAAUAUUUUAUUCUAUAGUGUCCACGCAGAAAGGAUUGCAGGGAAUUGAGCUCGGCAAUUAUUUGAUAAAGAAAGUGGCCGGCGAGAUCACGACUGAAUUUCCAGCUAUACAACAACUGUCCAGCUUAUCACCGAUACCAAAUUUUAAGACUUGGCUACUUGACAAAUUGAAACAAGACGUGGCAUUUAUAUUUACCACGCGAGAAUAUAAAGUGGCGAGAGAUAUUUUGCAAACGGAAAACGUGAUAUCGGCCUUGAAAAAGAUCCUGGGCACUUCGUUAUGGACAGGAGAUAAGCAACUGGCAGAAUUUUUGAAAGACCCACUACUUCGAGCGUGCGCGUGGUACUUGUAUAAAGAAAAGAGACGUGGCUACGCUUUAAACACGGUCGCUAAUUUUCAUUUACGCAACGGAGCUGUGAUGUGGCGAAUAAACUGGCUGGCUGACCCUUCGCCACGUGGAGUGGCAAAUAGUUGCGGCAUAAUGGUCAACUAUAGGUAUUUCUUGGAAGACUCCGAGAGCAACAGUCGGAAUUACAUUGAACAUUUUGUCAUAAGUGCUACAGAAGAUGUAAUUAAUCGCGCGAUGCAAGCGGAAAAAUUAAGAAUUGCGUUACAAUAGGAAUAUAACUAUAUAACUGCGUGAAAGGAUCGUGAAGAUACAGUAAAUAUCCCAACUACAAACAGAAGAACGUUAUUACGCUUAAAGACAGCACAAUAGUCUGCAGACAAGUCUAGAACAGAUAAUAUAUAAUCUCUAUUAUAAUUCAGAGGUUACCACUAUUGCCGUUUCUUGCAGAACAACGGCAGAGAAGUCAUUGAAAGGUGCGAGUGUUGUGAAACGAUCAACUUCUUCUCUACUCCAAUUUUUAUCGAUACUUUGGACUCGAGUGUGCGUUAUGUUUCAACGUGUGUAUGUGUGUGUGAAUAUAGACUAGAAAAAGAGAAAAUAAAGUUGAGUACACACCUGUA